AGAGUUAAUGCACUCAGAGCUGAACUCGAGACUGCCAAUGCUCGUGCUGAUGCGGCAGAACAAGAACUUAAAAAAUUCCAAGAAGACCAAUCCUCUAAAGAAAUUGAACAUUCUAAUCUUCAAAAAAAAGUCGCAUCACUCGAAACUGAUUUAGAUGAAACUGAGAAGACCUUGAAGGAGACUACGGAGAAACUUCGUGAUUGUGAACUUAAAUGCGAAAAUUUGGAGCGUAAAGUCGCACAACUUGAAAAUGAAGUGUCCGAUAAAGAAAAGAAAAUUGAGGAAUUAACCGAGGAACGUACUAAACUUAAGGCGGAAUAUGAAAAUGUUCUUGAUUCUAUUAGUGAAUUGUAG